AUGCAGUACUUCAUGCUUCCUGCUGCUCUCAUGACCGCAUCCGGUAUGCUGGCCAAUGCUGCGCCCGUCAGUAGCGGUGCCAGUGCGAACCAGAAAGGUGCUCAAGGUCUUGAGCCUAUGGCUCCUUCUGCUACGCGCCCUGGUGAGCCGCUUGUCGUCUCGUGGGGACCAGCCUCCGGUAAUUCAGACUGGAAGCACAUGAAUGUGUCGCUUGUCGCCCUCAGUGAAAACGGCAAGAACAAGGUGACUCAUCUUGCUACGGACGUUGAUGGCACUGAUGCAAAGAACAACACGCUACGUACCAAGGCACCUAAGCAUUUGGGUAACAGUGAUUCGACCAACUAUGUGAUUCGCUUUACCGACGGUAAGGAACACAAGGACUCGCCGAAGUUCACUAUCGAGCACAAGAACCACACAUACUCAAAGCUGAGUGCGCGCCACGGCGAUUCGCACUCAAGUGCAUCCUCGAGUGCAUCGGACGCCGAUAGUAAUGGUGCAAGUUCCAUUGAUUCGAGCGACAUCUCAGCUAUCAUCCAGCAGAUGCUAAGCUCGGGCCACGCUGCCGGCGGGCGUAGUGCUGCUGCUGCAAAAGCUGGUGGUGAUGAUGUGGAACAGAGCGGUGCUGACGGCCUUGAGGAUGAAGAAGAGCAAGAAGACGACGGAGCUACCAAGGUAAUGAGCUCCUCAUCGUCUUCAUCGUCGUCGUCCAAGGGGCAGCUGCCGACGCCUGUGACUAUCGAUGGCGUCAUGUACGUUCCAAUGGUCGGCUCGUCUCUGCCAAGCAAUCUUCCAACGUCUGGCUUGGGACUUGCUAAGUCCAAUUCGACAACCGGCGAUGGUUCAAGCAGCAGCAAGAGCCGUCACCACGCUAAGCAAACGCACAAACCGGACAGUCGUGAUGCUUGGUCAGAUAUUGCGCAGUCAAUGGACGCUGCUGAAGCUAAGCACCGUCACCACGGCAAAUCGUCCUCGUCGUCAAGUGGAGAGACGGAUAGCGACAUGAUGGGUGUGCGUAAUGCGGCUGUUUCUAUGCCGUCGACGUCAAAGAAUCACCGCCACAACGGAAAGUCAUCGUCAACGACGUCCCCAUCGUCAUCGAGCAAGAGCCACCACCACAAACACUCUAACAGCCGUGGUUCAGGCAGUGCCCACGGUCGUAACGCUGCUGCUUCUACAUCAGGAAGCCCAUCGUCUUCUUCGUCGAGCAAGAAGCACAAGGGUCACCAUGGCGGACAGCAGAAGCUUCAUUCGUCAACAACUGGCGCAUCGUCCAGCCACGAUUCUAAGUCUUCGUCAGCACCCGGCAGCUCGAGUGCUUCAAGUCAGUCCAGCUCGACCAAUGGUUCUUCGAGCUCGGGCAGCAGCAGUAGCUCCUCGAGCGCAUCACCCAGUGGUGGUGCACCCGCUGGCAAGAAUGCUGCGGCUUCCGGUGGCAGCAGCCAAGGAGGAGGCAGCGACAGCCCAAGCGGUGGUAACGGUGGCGGCGGCCCUACGGGUGGAGAAAUGACAGUGGCGACACCGCCUUAUGCGGCACAGUGCCAACCUCUCAAGAUUACGUGGAAGGGUGGUGAGCCACCGUUCCGCCCCAAAAUCACGGCUGACGGUGACGUCAGCAAUGUGCUAUCGCUCUUGGAUGAGACGUCUGACACAGGUCUGACCUGGAAAGUGAAUGUGGCUGAGGGCCAGAAAUUCACAAUCAGCGUUUGCGACGCGACUGGCCAGUGUCAAGCAUCGGCACCUGUCGGUCCUGUAGGCAAAGGCCCAGGUGACUGCUUGAACGGCGAUGGUGCGCAGAAACGUUCAUUCGCCAAGCGGGGUGGUACAACAGGCUCUUGGGACGAUGAGACAUCGUCGUCUUCGUCAUCGAGCGGCCGUAACCACAACACGCGCACGAAGAGCUCAUCCAGCAGUUCAAGUCCUUCGGCAUCGUCUUCAUCCACCUCUGCCAUUAACCUGAACAGGCUAACUUCAUUGACAUCGGUGCCCUCGGCCGCUGCUUCGUCAAUUCUCAGUUCCUUGCCUUCGGUCUCCUUCUUCCGAGGUAUGGACCCAUUGGCAGGACUCGGCUCGCUGUUCUCGCGUGAGAGUGGCUCCUUGUCGAGUACGUCAUCGUCGCCCAUGGCUUCGCGUUCCAUGACUCGUUCUCGCGCAGCGCCAACUUCGACGUCGUCGCGCCGUCGUCACCAUGGCACUCAGAGCGCGAGUCAGGGCAGUAGUGAGGCCCUCGAUGGACAGAUGACACGCUCGUUGCACGAUGAGCAGUCGAAUGGCCGAGACCAGGAUCUGAUGGAUGUCUUGGCACAGGGCAUCAUGGGUGACUCGGGCUUGUCGCCAAGCCAAAUCAGUGAAUACUUCCACAGCUCCGGACACUCAACGUCAGACCACCAGCGUCACGGCCAGAUGUCUAUGACUGUGGACUACCACCGCGGCACGCAAAGUGUUUCGAUGAGUAGCUAA